UUUUCUCACAACACAAAAUUAAACCAACAGUAGCAGCAGCAGAAGGAAAAAAACAAAAACAAACAGCAGAUCGACGUCUUCCAUGGCACCUCCAGGAGACGGUAAGCUUGCUAAGAUCGGGGAAGUCUUCUCCCAGGUCAACAGCUACUACACCGUCCGAUGCCACGCUCAGGGACCGGUGAUGUCGGCCGUGGGCACGGCGAAUUUGCCGGCGGCGAUGGGGACGGCGCAGCACUAUCGGAGCGAUCAACCGGCAGCCACGAAGCUACCGGAGAUGAGUGCUGAGGAGGCUGCUCAUAAGCUCGGUGGGCUUGCGAUUGCGGAUCGCGGCGUGGGGAGGAGUUCUUCUGGGCUGGGCUUUGCAUUUAGGGCCCGCCAUGAGAAGACACAUAGGGUUUAAUCUACACAUCGUUAGUUAACAGGGUUGUCCACUUUUGACGUCAAACCGUCACGUUAUCAUCUCGAAUGUUACAAACUUACAAAGUAUUUUGAUUUUGUUUUUACUGUGUAGAUAGAUAAACUCCUGUAUAUCCAGUACUUGGCUUCCUCUUAUUCAGAGUGAUGUAACGGAGUGAAAAUAAUAUGUGUAGUUAAUAUCUAAUAAUAAUUAUGGUUAUGCCAAAAGAUAAUGGUAGAUUAAUGUUAAUACUUUAGCAAAGGGGAAUAGGAAGAUCCUAGUUGGAUAAAAAUAUCAUCUUUGAUCGACCUAGUUUGAUAUGGUUUUCAUUAAAGUCAUUCAUUUGAACAAGAGAAUGAAAUAAAAAAUUUGAAUCAUACAAUAAUUAGUUCAACUCGACUUAGAUGUGAGUUCAGUUUGAUUCAACCUACAGGAAACAGAAUAACCACACAUUCUUAUGAUUGAACAAACUAGUAGGGCUAAAAUCAAGAAAGUAAAGCCAGAUUUUCCUCACGACAAACUGGUUAAAUGUGUAACAUUCUCAAUGUUUCGGUCGAACCGAAAACUAGACAGUUAAAUUGAUCUUGGUAGUCUGAUUAAAACUGAACCCAUUUGAGAGCCCAAUCCCACCAACCAUUGAAGCCUAAGUGCCUAACUCCCAGCCUGCUUAGUCCAAGCCUAGUACCCCCAAUAAUCCCCAGCCCUCCCCACAAGACGAGCCUAAAACCCUAACAUAUGCUAACCCUAAUGGCCUAAUCCCCUUCCCAUUCAUAUUGAGUCAACUGUCAAUACAAUCGACUAUCCCUCGACACUCAAUAUAACAACAUCGCUCGGCUCUCUCUAUUCUCACAUUCUCUCAACCAGUGUUAUCAAAACCGGGCCAGACCGGCCGGUCAGACCGCGGCUAACUGGCUCCGGACACUCACCCGGUUCCGACUCCCUCUAAGAAAUAAGGAAACUGGCCGGCCGGGUUUUAACCAGUUCAUCCGGCUAACCGACAGAACCGCCUAAACCGAACCGACGGUUUUGGGAUUAAUACUUACUUUUUAUAAUAAAAAAUAUUAGUUACC